AUGCAAAUAUAUACCGGAAUCCUCGCCACCCUCAUUGCAUGCUUGGCAGCAAGCGCUCAGCAUGGCGCGCCAUCCAUCUGCGGUCUCGCGCCUCUCGCUACCAUUCUGCCGGGACAGUCAAUUACUGCAACAGUCGAUAAUCCACAAGGCAGGCCGUGCGAAGCAAUCAUGGUCUUCGCUGAUGACAAUUUUCUACCUGUCACAUUCAGUUUCGAACCUGGAAUGUGUCUCGGCUACCAACGAGCUGAGAUCAUGCUCCCGUCCGAUGCUCCCAAUGGAGUUGUGACGGUCCUUUGGCAGUGUGCGGGGAAGGGCACUCGAAGUUGUUCAAGGCUGGAGAUUGCGGGUGGGCCGGGCAAUCCGGAUGGGCUAGAGUCGCAUCGAAACGGCACGAUGGAGUGUCUUGUUCCAACUGCCACAUUUACGACCCUUUCGACAUCGAUACGAGGCACACAGACCCUUGUCGAGAAUGUUGUUGGCACUGAGUUUAGUACGAGCACGGUGUUGCCGAGCACGCCUUCUUCAUCGUUGAUUCCUGCAUCUGCAUUGGACCCAACUUCUGCUACUACUUUCACGUCGCGUAUCGCGGGUUCUGUAUCCACUUAUGCUUCUCGUACGGCGGCAAUCGCAACCGUUCCAACUUCUGCACCAACACUUUUGGACACAAUGUCUGUAGCUAUCCUCAUCCAACCUGUAACAAUGUCUGGUGCACCGUCUCAGUGCAACUGUAGUGGAAACUAG